AUGCGGCGGCACUUGUCAUGUCAAGGCGACAUUGUGCUUUACACCAGCGAUGAGAAAUUCCCCCGCCUUGUCAUCCCAACCGCCCUCAGACGCACCGUGCUCGCCAAUCUCCACGCUGGUCAUCAGGGCAGAGACUCAAUGCUUCGCAGAGCCAGGCAGUCUGUAUACUGGCCCGGCAUCGAUGCAGAAGUGGAGCAAAAACGACGCCAGUGCCAGAUGUGCGAGACGCACGCGCCCUCUCAACCAGCCGAGCCGCUCCUGCCCACCCCACCACCCCAGUUCCCAUUUCAACAAGCCGUGGCCGACCUGUUUCACCUACAAGGCAAUGUGUACAUCGCAUACGCAGACAGGCUGACAGGCUGGCUAGAAGUGGAACACCUGUCUGGGGAAGCCACCAGCUCCCGCCUCAUCACGUUGUUCCGGCGGUGGUUCACACGCUUCGGCAUCCCUGAAGAGUUCUCAUGUGACGGGGGCACCAACCUCACCAGCCACGAAUCGAGGAGGUUCUUGGAGGACUGA